ACCACUUCCGCGCCUCAACCAAUCAACGACCGAAAACAAAUCCAACUAAACAACUCCGGUUUUACCCAAUCCGCCCUAUAUCCCACAAAGGACCGCCAUCUACCUCAUCCUUCUCCACCCCUUUUACUUUCCAUAUUCAAUUAAUCUCUUUAUUAUGAAUUUCUAUAUAUCGAUCUGUAUAUAUAUAAAGGGCAGGACCGACCGAGUAUAUAUAUAAGAUGCUGGUUUGCCCGCAUAUAUAUAUACCUCCUGUUCGUACAAAUAUCAAUCUAUUCUCCAUCCGGAUCGAUCUGAGAAAAAAUGGGGAGAGGGAGGGUGCAGCUGAAGAGAAUCGAAAACAAGAUAAACCGGCAAGUGACCUUCUCGAAGCGCCGGACCGGGCUGCUCAAGAAAGCCCACGAGAUUUCGGUUCUCUGCGAUGCCCAGGUCGCCCUCAUCAUCUUCUCCACCAAAGGCAAGCUCUUUGAGUACGCUACUGAAUCUUGCUUUGGGGUGUACCGUACAGAAAGAGGGUCUUCACGAUUUUCAAGGACAAGUGAAAUGAGUUCCUGUAUAGAUUCAGAUAAAAUUUCCUCUCAUUCUCUCCUUCUGCCUAGGAGCCUUUUCAGCAUGGAAAAGAUACUUGAGAGAUACGAAAGAUACUCAUAUGCAGAAAGGCAACUAAAUCCAGCUGAUCCAGACUCUCAAGGAAGUUGGACUCUAGAGCAUGCAAAGCUCAAGGCCAGAAUGGAGAUUUUGCAGAUAAACCAGAGGCAUUAUGAGGGAGAAGAUUUGGACUCGUUAAACCUUAAAGAGCUUCAGAAUCUUGAGCGCCAACUAGAUUCUGCUCUUAAAAAUAUCAGGUCAAGAAAGAAUCAACUCAUGUUUGAAACCAUUUCCGUGCACCAAAAAAAAGACAAAGCAUUGCAGGAUGAAAACAACAAGCUUGCUAAGAAGAUAAAGGAGAGGGAGAGGGAGAUUGCUCAACAACAGGCUCAAUGGGAAACGCAGAACAACAACACGAACCCCUCCUAUGUUGUACCCCCACAACUUGUCAACUCUUUUCACCUUAGCGAAGGGUAUCAUAAUGGAGGAGGAGAGUGUGGAGGAAUGGAAGGGAUUCAGUGUCAACAACAGCUGCCUGCAGCUAACCCUGUAAUGCCCCAGUGGAUGCUUAGCCACCUUAACGGCUAGCUAACUAAAGAAUCGGUUCAAGAUAUAUAUAAAGAUGUAUGUAUAUAGUCUGAAUGGCAUCGGGUACCCACCCCUUUGGCAGGACCAUCUUGUGCUACUUUUUUUUGCUUGUCUGCGAAGGUUAAUUUUUGCGUACAUACGUGUUGAAAGAGAAGAAAAGCGAUGUAAUGGUAAUUUCAACCUUGUACGUAUAUGUAUGUAGUUGCCAGACUCUCUCUCUCUCUAUAUAUAUAUAUAUAGUGGUAGCGCACAAGUUAAGGGGCGGGGCAAGUAGUGUAUGUAAAAUUCUAUGUAACAUGUACGUAUGUUUGGUACUAAUUAAUAUAUGCAGAUACACUUUAUUUGGGGAGCUUGUUAAGGAUGUAAUGUUAUUAUUUUCAAUGGAUAGUCUCAU